AUGUUCUGCCGCCUCAGGACCUUAACCCCACCUUCCUCCCUCUUCUCUUCCUCUCUCUUCAAUUGCAGUUCUAUCCAUCCCGCUACCCGAUCUUUCUCAUCAUCAGCCGCCGUCAUGUCUGAAGCUACCAAGGCUUGGUUUAAGAUCCACUACCAGCUGCCCGGCAAGGAGGCUACCACUAGCCAGGUCAACUUCAACCUCUACAGCGACGUUGUCCCCAAGACCACCAAGAACUUUGCUGGGCUCUGCCAGGCUCCCCAGGGCCAGGGUUACAAGGGUUCUUCCUUCCACCGCAUUAUCCCCAAUUUCAUGCUCCAGGGUGGUGACUUCACCCGCGGCAACGGUACCGGUGGUCGCUCCAUCUACGGCGAGAAGUUCCCCGAUGAGAACUUCCAGAAGAAGCACACCCGCCCUGGUCUCCUUUCCAUGGCCAACGCUGGCCCCAACACCAACGGCUCCCAGUUCUUCAUCACCACUGUCGUCACCUCUUGGCUCGAUGGUAAGCACGUCGUCUUCGGCGAGGUUGCCGAUGAUGCGUCCCUGCAGAUCGUCAUGGAUCUCCAGGCUACAGGCAACAGCAGAGGCGAGAUCAUUACCCCCAUCAAGCCCACCAUCGUCGACUGCGGCAGCUCCUAA